AUGGCGAAGCGUAUCAAGGUGGCCUCCAACCGAGACGUGUGCAUCGUGGGUAUUGCGCGGACGCCCAUGGGGUCGCUCAACGGCGCGCUAGCGAGCAAGACCGCCGUCGAGCUUGGGGCGAUUGCCAUCAAAGCGGCCGUCGAGCGCAGUGGCAUUCGUGCCGAAGACGUCGAUGAAGUAUUUAUGGGACACGUGCUCUCGGCCAACGCCGGUCAAGCUCCGGCCCGACAAGCUGCGAUCAAGGCGGGUCUCCCCGACAGCGUGCCCUGCACGGCCAUCAACAAGGUCUGCGCAUCGGGCAUGAAGGCGGUGGCGUUUGCGAGCCAGGCCAUCAUGCUCGGGUUUCGGGACGUUGUCGUGGCGGGUGGCAUGGAAAGCAUGACACAUGCGCCCCACAUGUCGGGGUCGCUCCGUGGCGGCGCUCGGUUUGGCGAAGUGUCGUUCGUCGAUGCUGUCCAGCGGGAUGGUUUGAACGAUGCAUUCGACAAUGUGCCCAUGGGCAACUUUGCCGAGCUCUGCGCCGAGAAGUACAACUUGUCGCGCGCCGAUCAAGACGCGUAUGCGGCCGAGUGCUACCGCAAGGCGGUCGCGGCCACGGAGGCGGGCAAGUUCAAGGCCGAAGUAGUGCCCGUGCCCGUCAUUCGCAAGCGCGGCGAAGCCCCCGUGCUUGUGGAGAAGGACGAAGAGGCGUUCGCACGGCCCGUCUCGCUCGCGUCGCUUGAGAAGCUGCGUCCGUGCUUUGUGCCGCCGACCAGUGUCACGGCCGGGAACGCGUCGCCGAUCAGCGACGGCGCGUCGGCGCUCGUGCUCAUGAGCCGUGAAAAGGCCAUCGCACUUGGCGUCGAGAGCAAGAUUCUUGCGGUCAUUCGCGGCUUUGAUGACGCUGCGCACGACCCGCGCUUCUUCACCACGGCGCCGUCGCUUGCGAUUCCCAAGGCGCUGCAGCGGGCGGACGUUGGCCUUGAUGAAAUCGACUUUUUCGAGCUCAACGAAGCGUUCUCGGCCGUCGCGUUGGCCAACUGCCAGAUUCUCGGCAUCGACGCGGGCCGCGUCAACAUCUAUGGCGGCGCGGUCGCCCUUGGCCACCCGCUCGGGUGCUCAGGCGCCCGCAUCAUUGCGACGCUCUGCUCGGUGCUCCACCAAGAGAAUGGCCGGAUCGGUGUCGCGGCCGUGUGCAAUGGUGGUGGCGGCGCGUCGGCCAUCGUAGUUGAGCGCGUCGUCGCGUGA